GGUUCCGCCGAUUGAAAGGGCAACGUUAACGGUGUUUCGAAAUUUCAGCUGUUAAUUUAAUAGACAUUUUUGAUGUAAUUUUGCGCGAGUGCGUAUGUAAGUGGUGCGUCUAUCAACCGUCCACCACUGAUAAAAGUUCAUAACUAAUAGCGGCGUGYUCUAAUGUAAUCCGCUGAAAAGUUAGAAAUUCAUGYGAAACUCGACACACGCUCUUGUGAAGUUGCAGCAAUUUUGUGCGGCUAAUGGUAACGACAAUGGACAGUUCAGCUUCUCUGCAAUUCCCGAAAUUCGAGGCGCUUCUGAGCAAUGGCAGUGUUUUGGACAGGGUAACCCCCGACAUGGCACAUCUCGUCAACCCCUAUUGGAGUAAAUUCCCACCAAUGGAUUCARCAAUGAGUCAAAUUUUGGGUAUUUUCACAUUGGCGCUACUACUUAUCUCCGCAUGCGGCAAUGGCGUUGUGGUCUUCAUAUUUGGCGGCACCAAAUCGCUGCGCACACCCGCUAAUCUGCUCGUAUUGAACCUGGCGUUCUCUGACUUUUGCAUGAUGGUCUCACAGGCGCCGGUCAUGAUCAUCAAUUUCUAUCACGAGACCUGGAUACUGGGACCGCUGUGGUGCGACAUUUAUGCCAUAUGCGGCUCKAUGUUCGGCUGCGUGUCCAUUUGGUCAAUGUGCAUGAUUGCGCUGGACCGUUAUAAUGUUAUUGUGAAGGGCGUUUCAGGGCGACCAAUGACGAUUAAAUUGGCGCUGAUGAAAAUCAUUGCCAUUUGGUUGUUUGCAACUUUUUGGACACUGGCACCGUUAAUGGGCUGGAGCAGAUAUGUGCCCGAAGGUAAUUUAACCGCCUGCUCCAUCGAUUAUAUGACGCGCGAUUGGAAUCGACGCUCUUACCUGCUCACCUACUCYCUACUCGUCUAUUUUACGCCGCUCUUUCUCAUUUGUUAUUCCUACUGGUUCAUCAUUGCGGCUGUGGCUGCGCAUGAGAAGGCAAUGCGUGAGCAGGCGAAAAAGAUGAAUGUCAAGUCGUUGCGCUCCUCGGAGGAUUGUGAYAAGAGCGCCGAGGCGAAAUUGGCCRAGGUGGCAUUGACUACAAUCUCAUUGUGGUUUAUGGCAUGGACACCUUACUUAAUUAUCUGCUAUUGCGGCCUCUUCGAAGUGGAAGGUCUGACGCCGUUGAAUACUAUAUGGGGUGCAACAUUCGCCAAGACCAGCGCGGUUUAUAAUCCGAUUGUAUAYGGUAUCAGUCAUCCCAAAUACCGUUUGGUGUUGAAGGAGAAGUGUCCAUGUUGCGUAUUCGGUUCGACUGAGGAGCCCAAGCCCGACGCACCAGCRGCGGAGAGUCAGGGCACAACCGAGGCUGAGUCGAAUGCUUAGCGGGUAGAGAGAAGCUUAUCCAUUAUAAUAAUAUUUACCGAUUAAAUAGUUCCUGUUUUUUUUG